AUGUCUGCCCGCUACGCGUUCAGCAAAGGCCUCAAGGAGGUGCGCUUCCUGUUCUGUCAGACCUCGGAGCAGAGCGCCGCCGUCCGAUCAUUCCUCUCGAGAGCAUACCCUACCAUGAAGAAAAACAACCCCAACGUUCCCAUUUUGAUCCGCGAGGCGUCAGGCACAAUCCCCAAGGUGUUCACACGAUACGAAUUCGGCAAGGAGCAGUCGCAAAUCCUAGAGGGCCUAACAGACAAGCAAGUGGAGGAUGCUGUCACUGGCUUGGUCAAGAAUGAAUCGUGA